AUGAAUCCACCCGCCGACUCUCCCCUCUUCGUCGCGGAAGAAGUCCUGUGCGCCUACCCAAUCAGCACCCUGUACGACUCCUGUCCUCGAUAUCUCUUCUACGCCCUCCUGCUCGCCACCUGCGUGACCCGCUGGACGGGCUGGCUCGCGGACGUCUUCCUCGGCGCAGCAGCCACCUACGCCGGCACGGCGGCCAUCCAAGCCUUCAUCCUGGUGUCCAGCCCGCCCAAACAUCCGCCUCCAUCCCCGAUCACCAUCCCCCACGUCCCCGACAACACAACCCUCUGGUCCGCCUUCCCAGCCCUAAUCACCAACACCACCCACCUGGACCUCAUCCCCGCCGCCCUGGAACUCGAUGCCGACGCCGUGCUCGCCAUCGUCGUAACCGCCUACCUCACCUUCCUCCCCCUCCAAUGCUGGUCGCGCGCCUUUUCCCACAACCGCGCCCGCUACCUUCUCUACACCCUCUGGCACAUUCUCAUGCUCGCCGGCUCCAUCUCCGCCCUGAUCUACUGGCCCACCCUCGCCGACUCCCCCAGCCAAUACACCUUCUGCUUCCCCGACCUGCCCCCCACCAACACCGUCUCUAGCGACGGCUGGGAUCCAAGCCAGCGCCCCUCGUCCUCCCCCUCGGCUUGGAACUCCAGCAUCUGGACCAUCUUCACCAACGCCACGGCCUUCGACCAGCUCGACGCCAUAUGCUUCUACCCCUGCUUCAACACCAGCCAGCCCCUGCGCCAGCAAUCCUCCCUCGAAGCGUCCGUCGCAUCAGGCGACAACCGGCUCCCCCAACGUCACCAGUUCUGGUCUGAGGUCGUUUACUCGAAACGAUAUAUUUACAGUCUGAUUGUCCUAACAGCGAUCAUCAAUUCCACUCUCCUCCUCUUCAAGAUCCUUCCGUACCGCUCCCGUCUUCCUUCCGCCAGGGUCCUGACCAUCUGGGCCCAGCGAUCGAAUAUCCUCGCGGGGUUCAAGAGGGAUUUCCGCUCCGCAAUCCGCAUCUCGCAUUCUAAUUCCAAUCCUAAUUCCAAUACCACCGCCACAGCCACCCAUCCCUUCACUCCCAAACCCCACAACACAACCAUCCUCCAGACCACCCGCAACCAUCUCUCCACCUGGCACCCCUCAUCCAGCCUCUUCACCCUCCACGCCAUCGGCUCCUGGAUGCGACUCCUCCUCGACACCAUCAUCCUCUGUGCCCUCCUCUUCAGUAUCGUCGUUAGCCCCCUCACCGUCGUCGCCUUCGUCGUCUGGAUCGAGUACUAUAUCCAUCGGGAUGGGCCGAGCCAGGAGACCCCGCGGCAGGUCGGCCAGUGGGAGCCGUUGGUCGCGGUGGGGUUUUUGGUUCUUUCGGCGGGCGUCCUCAAGAUGAAGUAUUGGGUUGCGUCGGGGGAGGAGUUGGACGAGGAGAUUCGGGGGUUGAGGGAGAGGCUGGUGGUUUGA